CUCACUAGCCCUCCCGCACCCGCUCCUCGCCCGCCCGUCCUCCUGCUCGGGGACACUCGGCUGCCCGUCCACUCGCCCAGGACCACCCCGCUCCUCGCCCGCUGGCCCAGGACCAUCCCACUGCUCGCCCACCUAGAACCACCCCUCUCCUCGCCCGCCCUCUCGGGGCCAGUCAGCUGCUCGCCCACUCGCCCUCCCGGGGCUACCCCUCUCCUCUCCUAGGACCAUCCCGCUGGUCCCCCGCCUCCUCUCCCAGGACCACCCCUCUGCCGGCCCUCCCUCCCGGCCGGGACCACCGCUCUGAUCCCCCGUCCCCUCGCCCAGGACCAUCCCUCCGGUCUCCCGCCUUCUCUCCCAGGACCACCGCUCCGCUCGCCCUCCUUCUCUCCCGGGACCACCCCUCGGUCUCCCGCCUUCUCUCCCAGGACCACCCCUCCGCUCGCCCUCCUUCUCUCCCAGGACCACCCCUCCGCUCGCCCUCCUUCUCUCCCGGGACCAUCCCUCCGGUCUCCCGCCUUCUCUCCCAGGACCACCGCUCCGCUCGCCCUCCUUCUCUCCCGGGACCACCCCUCCGCUCGCCCUCCUUCUCUCCCAGGACCACCCCUCCGCUCGCCCUCCUUCUCUCCCAGGACCACCCCUCCGCUCGCCCUCUUUCUCUCCCGGGACCAUCCCUCCGCUCGCCCGCCUUCUCUCCCAGGACCACCCCUCCGCUCUCCCGCCUUCUCUGCCAGGACCACCCCUCUGACCUCCCUCCUUCCCCCCCCCUCGUGCGGGACCACCCCUCUCUGGUCUCCCUCCCUCCGGAGGCGCGUCGCGGCCCGGCGGGAGGUGCGAGGCGCGGGGUGCGGGAUGCUGGCCCUGGCCCCUUGGUCGCUGGUGGGGCCGCUGGUGUUGGCGGCGCUGGUGGGGCCGGCGCUGGUGCUGGGCCUGUGCCGGGCGCGGCCGGGGGGGAGCUCGGUGGGCCGGCUGGCCGGAGACCUGGUCUUCUUGGCGCGGAUGAUGCGGGCCGGGCGGCGGCUGCGGGGCUACGGGCGGCGGCGGCCGGUCCGCACCGUGCUGGACGCCCUGCGGGACUGGGCGGCGCGGGAGCCGGGCCGGGCCUUCGUGCGGGCGGGCGAGGACACGCUGACCUUCGGCCAGGCCGAGGCCCUGAGCAACCGCGCCGCCCGCGCCCUGCGCCUCCGCCUGGGCCUCGGCCGGGGCCGCCCCGCCGCCCUGCUGCUCCGCAACCGGCCGGCCUACGUCUGGCUGUGGCUGGCCGUGGCCAAGCUGGGCUGCCCCCUGGCCUGCCUCAACCACCACAGCCGCCGACGGGCCCUCGUCCACGGCCUCGAGGCCAGCGGAGCCAAACUCCUCAUCGCCGACCCCGACCUCCAAGCAGCCGUGGAAGAGGUGCUCCCCAGUCUGGGGAAAGACGUUUCCGUUUACUACGUCAGCCGGACUUCCCCGACGGAAGGCGUGGGCACUUUGCUGGACAAGGUGGAUGAAGCUUCCGACGAGACGAUCCCCGAAUCCUGGAGGUCCGAUGUCACUUUCAAGACCCCCGCCUUGUACAUCUACACCUCGGGGACCACAGGUCUUCCCAAGGCGGCCAUGAUCAACCAUCAGCGCCUCUGGAUGGCGACUGGCCUGUUCGAAAUGAGCGGCGUGACCAGCGAGGACGUGGUCUACACCCCCCUGCCCUUGUACCACAGCUCCGCCCUCAUGAUCGGACUCCACGGCUGCCUGGUCAAAGGUGCCACUCUAGUGCUGAGGUCCAAGUUUUCAGCCAGCAACUUCUGGGACGACUGCCGCAAGUACAACGUGACGGUCAUCCAGUACAUCGGGGAGAUCCUCCGUUACCUGUGCCACCUCCCUGAGAGACCUGAUGACCGGAACCACAGCGUGCGGAUGGCUCUGGGGAACGGCCUGCGUGGAGACGUAUGGAGGGAGUUCAUCCGGAGAUUUGGAAACAUCCGCAUCUGGGAGUUCUACGCCUCCACGGAGGGGAAUAUUGGGUUUCUGAACUACACGGGCAAAGUUGGUGCGGUGGGGAGAAUGAACUUCUUACAUAAGAAAAUUUUCUCUUACGAACUGAUUAAAUAUGAUGUAGAGAAGGAUGAGCCUGCCCGAGACGCCAAUGGAUACUGCAUCAAGGUCCCCAAAGGUGAAGUCGGGCUCUUGAUCUGCAGGAUCUCGCAGUUGACCCCGUUCAUUGGCUACGCUGGGGCGAAGGCCCAGACGGAGAAGAAGAUACUACGGAAUGUCUUCAAGGAGGGGGACGUUUACUUCAACAGCGGCGACCUCUUACAGUUCAGCCCCGACAACUUCAUUUACUUCCACGACAGGGUGGGAGACACCUUCCGGUGGAAAGGAGAGAACGUGGCCACCACGGAGGUAGCGGACAUUUUGGGCAUGGUGGACUUUAUCCAAGAAGCCAACGUGUACGGUGUGACCGUGCCAGGCCACGAGGGUCGGAUUGGGAUGGCGUCCAUCCGCCUGAAGCAGGACCGGGAGUUUGAGGGGAGGAAACUCUACAACCACGUCACAGACUACCUGCCUGGCUAUGCCAGGCCUCACUUCAUCAGGAUUCAAAACGUCAUCGAGGUCACCGGCACCUUCAAGCACUGCAAAGUGAUCCUGGUGGAGGAGGGCUUCAACCCCGGCCUGAUCUCAGACCCGUUGUACUUCCUGGACAACCAGCAGAAGGCCUACGAGGUCUUGACGGAGGACGUCUACGGGGCCAUCUGCAGCAACCGUGUGAAACUCUGAGCUGCCCCCAGCCCACCCACCUCCCCGUCCGGAGAACCAGCCCAACCAAGGCUGUUUCCAAGGAGGCCGGUGCCCCCACUCACCCCCUGUGACCCCAGGAGGAACUCACGUGUAUCCGGCUUCCAUUCCUAUCUGCGAUCUUCCCGGCUGGGUUUUUAUCUAAUUACAAGGGAUUUGGCGACACGA